UUCAGUUUCAGAGUGCAAUUUGAUCAUUUAUUAAACUAAAUGACCAAAACAAAUGUUCAAUUUUGGAUUUUAUGGGCAUUUGGGCUGUUGGGUCCUUGGGAUUCUUCUUCUUCUGCAAACCCAUUUCGGACGCCGCUCGCCGGUUUCUUCGUCGGCCUCCACCUUAUGGAUUGCCAUUUCACUCGAAUGCCAUACACUCACAUGAGAUUAUUAGGUACAACACUAUCAGUUAAUCUUGCUCCAAAUCCUGCCCUCUGGAAGAUUUCUUAUUACCCGAUAGCCAAUAUCAAUCUUCCUCCAAAUGCUGGGCCAAUUAAUCAGCAGAUGACUAUAAUAAGGAGUGAUUCAGUCUUUUCUCCUUUAGAUAUUUUUAACAGAAGGAGUUCUUCACAAGCCAUGCUUUUCAUGGUUGAUGAAGGUAGAAAUUCCAACUUUGCCGAGUGCUACAAGUCUAAGUGUUCCUCAGGUCCUAUUGAGAAGCUGGUCGUGAGCAACAAAAAUGAUUCUCCAGAAAAUCUUGAGACUGAAAAUGACAAGGAAUUGCAAAGACGAAAAAAGAUCGGACUGGCAAAUAAAGGGAGAGUGCCAUGGAACAAGGGCAAGAAACACAACCUGGAAACUCGUAAGCGAAUCAAGCAGAGAACAAUUGAAGCCUUGAGAGACCCCAAGGUGAGGAGGAAGAUGUCCGAAUAUCCCCGCACUCAUAGUGAUCAGGUUAAGGUUAAAAUUAGCUCUUCACUCAGAUGUGUUUGGGGAAAGAGACUAAUGAAGAAGAGAUUAAAUGAGACAUUCUUUCUGUCGUGGAUGGAAAGCAUAGCUGUUGCUGCAAAGAAAGGAGGGAAGGAAGAACAAGAACUCGACUGGGACAGCUAUGACAAGAUAAAACAAGAAAUACUUCACCAAGAUCUUCAACGGGUUGCAGAGAAGACAAAACUAAAAGUGACGAGAGCAGAAAAUGUGAAAAAGAAAAAAGUCCAAGGGAUGGUUCAUAAGAAAGAAAAAGGGGAAGACAAUUCCAAAACAAAGAAGUUGAAAAUGUGUUCCAGAAGAAGAAAUGGGGGGAAAAGAAAGGGAAAAGAAGGAGAUGACACCCUGAGAAAGAUGAAGAAAUCGACUACCAUCGAAAGAUCAAAGCUUAAGCAGAGAUUGAAAAAGAUUCGCAAAAAGAUUUCAACAAAUGGUGCAGUCAUUGCCCAAGGAAGUAUAGCUUCAGUGGCACCCAAAAACACAUCCUGGGAAAAACUGGAUCUGGAUCUUAUAAAGAAAGGUCAAAUGAGGAAAGAAGUAUCACUGGCAGAUCAAAUUCAAGUUGCCAAGAAUAGAAAAGCCGAAUCUACAGCCUGCAAAGUUCUUAUAGCCUCUACUUUGACAUACCAGUGCACCGGGUUUGCGGAAGGGUAACCUUUGACUGAUCUUUACUGCUUGCAGGAAGAGUAAAUAUCUAGCAUCUGCAGGCGUCUUGUCCUCCCAUUAAUUCCAGAUUCUGGGAACAUUUAGAUCCUUUGAGCUACCGAAGCUUGUUCAAGUAAAAAGAUUAAAGCUCAGGAGUGUUGGAAUACUUGAGGGAAGGCAGUGACAACUGACAAGAAGUUAAAAAGUUUUACUCUGUAUUUGCAGAACCUCAAUGUCCAUGGCAGCCGAAAAAGAUGACUUGCCUUUUUCCCUACGACUUUUGCAAUUGAAAUAUAGAAAAGAAAAGUUAACAAUGGAAAGCAUUUAUGGAUGGUUAUAGAGGAGUUUUUGAGUAUAGCUCAAUUAGUUAAGACAUCAUCCCUCAAUCAAGAGAAUAGUUGUUCAAAUAAUUUUACUUUCACAUUGUGCAAAAGAUGACUUUAGCAUAAAUUAUAAUUUUACGUCUUUCAACUUCCAACUGAAAAUCUCUCUUGCUUCCCUAAGAUUUAGAACAGUGCCCAAAAUAUUAACUUCGCUUCAAGGUAAAAUUCCUACAAUCAUUCACCAUAUCUACUUAUCAUAAAGCUCCAAAUGAUAUACCCCCAAUCAUACUAAUUCUAAUAACUUAAUUAACAAAAUACCAAAAUUUUCUGUUGGAACGGCCAUCGAUAUUUACACAUUAGUUGCAACAACAAAUGAUAACCCUCAUCUUAACCAAAAAGAGAAUCUCCAAAGGUUAUUUUUUUCCAAUUUUUUUUUUUUUUUUUUUUUAUAAAAAACCGUAAAACAUGAAGUGUUUUUUCGAAACAAAAAAUUAGCUACAUCAUUAAAAAUAAAUA